GGAGAAGCCAACACAAUCUCUCUCUUGUAAAAGGUGAGCUAUACUUUUCUUCCUGGAUCUGACCAAGUUCCCUCUCCACAGCUGAGUCAGCUUUGAUUCAAAGGGAGGAGGACUUUGCUGCCCAUGCACAGGUCUCUGGGGACAGAUGGAGGCUGUGGGUUACUCGCUAUGCAGGAUCUGGCUGCUUUGCUUGCUGUUCUGGCUGGGGCAAGGGAGGCAGAUGGCUCCCCCAGGUUUUGUAGAGAGCAGUUGCCACUCCAGGAUUUUUUGGAUGAAACUGAAUAAACUCUUACUCCAGGGAAAGUUCUUCCAGCUGGAAAUCAAUGAUCCUCAUGCUGGCCCCAUUCUGCUGGAUGAGAAACUAGCAUCUCGCUGUGGCUAUGUCCUGUCAGAAGACGUGUGGGGCAACCCCGUCUUCCGCGCAUCGGUGCUUGGCUGUCACGUGGCCAACGAGGCAGAUGAGCUGUUUUCACUGACUGUGAACAUCAAGGUCUCCUCAUUUUCAAGCAUGAGGGCAGCUGUGACCUACACUUACCCUAUGUACUGCUCCUACUCUUCCUGGGCUUCAAGAGAAAUUGUAUGUGAAGAAAACUACAUGGAGGUGUCAGUGAAGACCGAUGUCCCCGCAGUUUCAAAUGACUACACAGUAGCAUGGAUGUCAGCACUGCCAGAGACUCAAAAUGUUGCAUACCAGCUAUGGCAACUGAUGUUUGUCUCUCCAUCAGGGAGAAAGACAAUAAUGGUAAGCGAUGCAGCAAAACUGGGCUACAGCUUCAAUAAUACGCUGUCCCGCGUGUACCUCCGUGCGCCCUACCACAGCAACGAGUCUGACGUCAGUGUGGUCAGUGGUGUAAAUAUGAACAUGGUGACUUCCACUUCCAUGUACAGGCAGCGGUGGCUGCUUUUGAUGAUUGACACAACUGUCUCUUGUCCUGUCGAUGGCAUCAGUUUCACUGACACUACGCUAACAUGGACUGUGCCAAGUGUUAUCCCAACAUUAGUGGUUCAAGAAUUCACCUUUCUGUCUAAAAACAUUUUAAUGGGAGUCGAUGGCCAAGUCAUAGUAAAACCAGAGCAGAAGAACUACUUACUGGAGCACAACAAGACACACAUCAGAAUAACUAUCCCUAUUGGAGCAGAAGGAGGCAAGCUAAAGAGCUCCGUAUCUGGUGGUGUGUACGGAGUCAUUUACAGUAUUGACUUGUUCUUGGAGCACACGUGGACAGAUGCAGACUGGCAAACCACAAAGUAUACUGUCAUCAAAUCCAUCACUACACCUUUCAUGCCACAAAUACCAACUGUUAUCAACAAUACCGUGCCAGACGAAAGGCUAUUUAAUGUUGCAUUUGGACACUUUCUUCCCGAUGUCUCUCUGGUGGCAAUCGCAAUAGGAAAUGUGCCAUUUACCCUGAGGGAAGCACAGCACCAUGGGUUUAAGAUUUUUGAAACUCCUUUUUCUAACAGAACAAAAGGAUUUAUCCUGGAAGUCUCUUUUGAUGAUCCGUAUGUUCUAAAGGAGUAUGUGAACAGAAAUGAAACAAAAUACACUCUCCUUGUUAACUACACUAUAAGCGUGGGUCCGGAGAUGACACUCUAUUAUCAUUCAGCAGAGGUGGAGUGUAUGAUAGCUGAUAUUGAACUACCAGAAGCAGUUGGUUACUGUGAUGAAGAAAACCUGUAUCUAGCCAUCCCUACUUUGGGCUUGCACCAGUAUUGGAACCUGUAUCUUGACAACAAGCCCCUGAACCGGCACGUUGCACUUACCAAUGGGUAUCUUGCAGCUACCAAUUCUACACACUUGAUCUUGCAAAUACCUCUGUUUGCUGUGGGAGUUGUCUAUGAGGAAGUGUCCUUUCAGAAGAUUAAAGCAAGGUUUAAUGUUGCCCUAAGGAAAGUGAGAACUAUGGAGACCUUACAGACAUUCUCCGUUGGCUGCACUUUUAACUCUGCGGCAUUUAUAAUAUGCCACCCAGAUGGUACCAUAAUGAUAUCUGCCCAAAUGAAGACAGUUCCUGCCAUUAAUAUGAGUAAAACCAAACUAAGGGAUAGCUCUUGCAAGCCUAGAGAGUAUAAUGAAGGACAUGCCUUCUUCAAGUUCCAUGUCACUACCUGUGGCACUUCAGUAAGGUUUGAAGGUGAUCACAUUAUUUACGAAAAUGAAAUCUCUUAUGAGAAAGAGACUCUUCCAGGACAGAGUAUACCAACAAUCACAAGAGAUCCAGACUACAGACUAACAGUCUUGUGCUACUAUCGAGCAAAAGAAACCUUAGUGCUAGGUGCCUUCAGUAGUGAUCCAUCCACAUCACCUGCCUUUGGCUCUGGUACGAUGGUACCAAGAUCAAAUACUGCAGAUGAAUCUUUCGAGGAAUUCUACGAGCCCGACAUGGCAAUACUCAAGCGACCUGUGGACCCUGUGUUUCUCGAGGUGGAGCUGAAAGAUGAGAGCCCCGAUGCUGAGUUAUACCUGGAAAACUGCUGGGUAACCGGGUCUCUAGACUUCAACAGCACCCCAAGAUGGAACAUCACUGUGGAUGGGUGUGAGAUUAAAGGCAGCGAGUAUGUUGCAGAGGUCUGUCCAGUUGCUGUCAGCCCCAGGGUGAGACACCCUCCUCAUUUUAAAAGGCUGGCAGUAAGGACCCUGGCACGCCGACUGGAACAG